UACAAAAAGGUCGUCUCGGCUGUUGCCGGCCGGCGCUGUUGAUUUGUCCAGUCGUCCUAGCCACCCAGCACACUGCAAUCUGUCGGAGCAUCGAGUGCAAGAGCAAGAAAGAAGAGCAGAAAGAUGGGUGAUGACACUGGCGCGGGCAAGGACAUGAUCCCUCUCCUCACUCCUUACAAGAUGGGCAGGUUCCAGCUCUCCCACAGAGUGGUGCUUGCCCCCCUGACGAGGCAACGGUCCUUCGGCUACGUGCCGCAGCCGCACGCCACCGUGUACUACGCCCAGCGCACGACCAGGGGCGGCUUCCUCAUCGCCGAGGCCACCGGCGUUUCACACGCCGCGCAGGGGUACCCAGACAGUCCUGGGAUCUGGACAAGGGAGCAGGUGGAAGCGUGGAAGCCGAUCGUGGACGCCGUGCACGCCAAGGGGGGAGUGUUCUUCUGCCAGAUAUGGCACACCGGCAGAGCGUCCAAUUACGAGUUCCAGCCGAACGGGCAGGCACCGGUGUCGAGCACCAACCGGCCUGUCUCGCCUAAGGAAAGCGCAGACGGCCUUUCAACGACAACUUACGCUAUGCCGAGGCGGCUGACGGCCGAUGAGAUCCCUGCCAUCGUCGACGACUUCAGGAUCGCGGCCCGGAACGCCGUCGAAGCCGGGUUCGACGACGUGGAGAUCCACGGGGCGCACGGCUACCUGAUCGACCAGUUCCUCAAGGACGGCGUCAACGACCGCACCGACGAGUACGGCGGCAGCCUGGCGAACCGCUGCCGCUUCGCGCUCGAGGUCGUGGCUGCCGUGUCCGGUGAGGUCGGCGCGGACCGGGUGGGCGUCCGGCUCUCGCCCUACACGGACUACAUGGACGCCGUGGACUCGGACCCGGACGCGCUCGGCCUGCACAUGGCGAGCGCGCUCGGGGAGCUGGGCGUGCUCUACCUCCACGCCGUGGAGCCGCGCAUGCUGCGGCCCACGGAGCGCGGCGAGACGCGGCACAGCCUGCGGUCGAUGAGGGACGCGUUCGGGGGGACGUUCAUCGUCGCCGGCGGGUACACGAAGGAGGACGGCAACCAGGUCGUCGCCGACGGGUACGCCGACCUGGUGGCGUACGGGCGGCUGUUCCUGGCGAACCCCGACCUACCCCGGCGGUUCGAGCUCGACGCGCCGCUCAACAAGUACGACCGGAAGACGUUCUACACGCCGGACCCCGUCGUCGGAUACACGGACUACCCAUUCCUUGAUUAUCUUUCCAAGUGAUGGAUGUUGAUGGACUACACGUAACAUCGUCUUAAAAUCAGGAUAAAUGUGUGCUUCAUUUAUCAAAAACUAGUAAUUGCACAUGUUAUACAUAUAUGGAAUUAAUUCAAUGUAUAGCAAUCUGAAAAAGUAAGGAAGAUAAAUAAUAAAGAUUUAAUGUAUUUUUAGAUUA